CCCCAACCCCGGACACGUGGCGGCGUCCCGCGGGGGAGCCGGCUGAUGAAAUGCAGCCAGCGGCUCCAGGAGAAGCUCUCCCUCCGGGGCCCGAGACGAGCCUGGCGGGCGGCUCCUCCCGGUGGAGUGACGGCCAGGACGGGGGCGGAUCCGCGAGGGCGGCGCGGCGCGGGCGGCGGGCGGGGCGUGGAGCGGCGGUACCGGGCGGCUGCGGCGCGGAGGGGCGCGGGGGCCCCCCGACCUUCCGCGGUCCGGAGCUGCGGCUGCGGCGGCGCGGCCGGUGAUCGAAGGACAGGCUCAGACAGCCAGACCUGGGUCCAGAGGUGAGUGCUGCUGAGCUGGCUGUCCCAGGAUGAACCUCAGCUCCAGGAAGGGGAAGUAGAAGUCCGGCUGGUUCUCUGCCAUGGCCUGUGAACCACAGAUGGACCCUGGGGGAACCACAGGUCCCUUGCCCACUUCCUCCCAUGGCUGGAGCACUCUGCCCACGGGAAGCCCUCCUGGCUGGGGAGAAGAGCUCCACAAUGGCCAGGUUCUCACAGUUGUGCGUAUCGACAAUACCUGUGCACCCAUCUCCUUCGAUCUGGGAGCCGCAGAGGAACAACUGCAGACCUGGGGCAUUCACGUCCCGGCUGACCAGUACAGGAGCUUGGCUGAGAGUGCGCUCUUGGAGCCCCAGGUGCGAAGAUACAUCAUCUACAACUCGAGGCCUGUGCGGCUGGCCUUUGCCGUGGUUUUCUAUGUGGUGGUAUGGGCCAACAUCUACUCUACCAGCCAGAUGUUUGCCCUGGGCAGCCACUGGGCAGGUGUGCUUCUCGUGACCCUGGUCGCUGUGAGCCUGACCCUGACCCUCAUGUUUGUCUUCGAGAGACACCAGAGAAAGGCCAACACCAACACUGACCUAAGGCUGGCGGCCGCCAAUGGAGUCCUGCUGAGACACCGGGUGCUACUGGGGGUGACAGACACAGUAGAAGGAUGCCAGAGUGUGAUUCAGCUCUGGUUCGUCUACUUCGACCUGGAGGACUGCACGCAGUAUCUGUCUGACCACGUUCGGGAGAUGAAGAUCAGCCAAGAGUCUUUGCUGAGAAGGAGACUGAGCCAGUUAUGCGUUGUCAUGGAGACUGGGGUGAGCCCCACCACAUCAGUGACAGCGGAGGGGCCCACGGACGUGGAGGACGCCCCUCUCCUGCCCAGCAGUGCUCGUCCUCAGGAGAGAGCACUCAUGCAGACCGAACUUCACCAGCUGGUUCCUGAGGCUGAGCCAGAGGAAAUGGCCCAGCAGCUGCUGGCAGUGUUUGGUGGCUACUACACCCGGCUUCUGGUGACCUGUCAGCUCCCCCAGACCGUGGGCACACGGCACAUGGACUCUCCAAAGGUCCCCUGUCCCUGUCAGCUCAUAGAAGCUCAUGUCCUCGGCGCUGGCUGCUGCCCGUUCCUGGCCAGGUGACCUAGGGUGAAGACAACUUGUUUUCCUCUAAGAAAUGGCAAGCCCCAGGCAAAGAGAGACACGUCUGGGGCCCUAUGGACAUGUCUCUAGCCUUCAUAGAAGCUGGUGGCUGCUGGGCUGGUCCCACCCCAAACUACCCUAGGCUGCGUAGGACCAGGGACUUGGAUGGGAGGGCCAGUGUCCCACCCCUCUCAUAGAGAGCCCAGAGACC